AUGCAGCACCGGGUCGAGCCCUGGAAGGGCUGGUGGCUCUCGAAGGCGGCUCGGGUAAUCCGCAUCAACUCCUCGCUGGCUAGCCUCCUCUGGUUCCUCAUGAGCUUCUAUAGACUCCAUGAGACGCUUCACCAGGAGGUGGCCAAAUAUCAGUCCAGAUUUUUCUGGGCUGGCGAGGGGGACAAGCAAAAAUACCAUAUGGCUGUGAUUCAGCUCCUCCCCGUGCUCCGGAUUGGCACUUCCAUCUCGGUGGGUUCCGGGUCCUCGACCCUGUUUUGGUUCGACCGCUGGCUUGGGGAUUCCCCUCUGGCCGCCCGCUUCCCAGGCUUAUUUGCCAUUGCGGCAGACCCCCGAAUUUCCAUCGAGACGGCCCUUAUUGACCUAGGGCACCUCGCCUUUCGGCGCUCCUUUGGCCCCCAGGAGGUUGACGCAUGGGACGCCCUUCUACAGGACAUCGCUCUCUUGCUAAUGGAUGUAGAGGGUGCCGCCGACUCCAUGGCGUGGCGCCUGGAGCCCUCGGGAAGCUUCUCCACGAAGUCUUCGUAUGCUGCCAUCGCCCCUUCGCUGGCCCCUAAGCCCUUUAGCCUGAUCUGGGACAUUCGUCUCCCCCUCAAGAUCCGGAUAUUCCUCUGGCAGUGGAUCCGGGGACGUCUCCCCUCUGGGGUGGAAGUCCGCAAGCGCAAUGGCCCUGGGGACGGGAUGUGUCCCCUAUGCGCCACGGUGGAGGAUUCGAACCACAUUUUCUUCAACUGCUCCACUGCCCAGUUCCUGUGGUCGUGCUUCCGUGAAACGGUCGGUGGACAGUGGUGCAAUACCAACUUCCCUUACCUACUCGUGGAGAUCCAUGCCUCCUCCCCGCGUUACCGCCAUAUUAGAUGGCUGUGCAUUGGGAUCCUAGCAUGGACGCUUUGGAAUAUUCACAACAAGCUCGUUAUUCAGAAAGUGCCUCUGCGACGUGCGACUGACGCGGUCUUCAAAAUGUGUGGCUAUUUGCAGCUUUGGCGGUCGCUUAGCCGCCCCGAGGACCGAACCGUCAUCGACACCCUCCUCACCGACCUUCGAUCGAUGGCCUUCCGCAUGGCGCCCCCGCUUCCGCCACCGCCGCCGGAGCCUGAUUAG